CCACCGUCCAUUGGUCACUUUUUUGAAAAACCUGGUCGCUUUUUAAAUUUCAAUUGGACACUUUUGUGAGACCCAAUUGGACAAUUUUUUGAAACUCAACGGAUCACUUUUUUGAGUCUCAAUUGGUCACUUUUUUAAGCCUCACAUGGUCACUUACUGUGCUUCCCACUCUCAAUUUACACUUUUGCGAAAGUUUAAAUUGCCCAGAAAAAUGAAAUUAAUUUGGUCUAAUGUUUGAAAAAUAAUUUGCCCAGCUUUUCUGAAAUACAGAUUUUUAACCUAAAAUGAGACGGUUGCAAAAAAUUGAGACGAGUGCACAACAUUAUGAGAAAACUUUUAUUAGACCAAUUUCAUUUUCAGUGGAAUUGCGAACUUUUCAGGAGACAUGACACAAUUGCAUGCUCUCUCAGUUUUUUCUCUCUCUCACUCUCAGUUUUUUCUCUCAGUUUUUUCUCUCAGUUUUUUCUCUCAGUUUUUUCUCUCAGUUUUUUCUCUCUCUCAGUUUUUCUCUCAGUUUUUUCUCUCACUCUCAGUUUUUUCUCUCAGUUUUUUCUCUCAGUUUUUUCUCUCUCUCAGUUUUUUCUCUCAGUUUUUUCUCUCAGUUUUUUCUCUCAGUUUUUUCUCUCUCACCAAGAGCAAACAAUGGCACACCUUUGCCACAUUUGCGAAAAAGAGUUUCCUUCCCCAACAAAACUAUAUAACCAUGGUUACGAUGUCCAUGUGGAUACUUUACAAGUGACCAUAGACAAAAAGACAAGCAUUGUUGAAAGAAUCGACAGUAAAUUCAGCUGUCCUGAUUGUCCCAGCAGACUUUCUACUACCAGGUCAUUCAACGAUCACCUAAAAAAGAAACAUAAAGGAACCUGUUCAGCGUUAUCGAAAGCGGAAAAAAGCCAAGUAUAGGGGAGAAUAAUUUUAGCAUCGACAGACUAAUUACAUCUCAAACAAGCAACCAGUUUGACGAUGAUUCUGCUGUUCUACUGGCCUGUG